AUGGCUGGCGUACACUCCUAUCCUCUGCUCAUAGAGCUCGAAGAAACCAACAUUCCCAGAUUAAAGAUUAAGUUAGUGAAAUACUUUCAAAGUAAGAAAUCUAACGGUGGUGGCGAGUGUGAGGUGGAGUAUGAAAAUGGCAGCAGGACAGCGAUGGUGCGCUUCCGGAGAGAGGAGGAUCAGAGAAAUGUUCUGGCCAAAGAGUCGCAUCAGAUCAGUUUGGAAAAAGGUGUUUUGAAGCUGACAGUCCGCUUACCCACGGAAGAGAAAUCAUCACGGGUGCGAAAAGUUUUUCAUGAAUCAGUUAUCAACAGCUGUUCUGCUCUGUCAGCUGUUGCUGUGACUGAUAAACUGUUAAGCACUGCUGACAGCAACCCAACAGCCACAGUUCCAACAGAAGAAACAGGCAGAGAUGAUGAUACAGCAGAUGGAGAGCCAUGUUCCAACUCGGCUGUUUUAGGGAAUAUAUCUGAUUGUACCAACCAGCAGUUUUUGCAGACCCUGGUGGAAAACAUUGUCAAGUCUCAUGACUUCACUUUGGAAGUCCUUCCUGACAUCUCCUCUGCUGUGGUGACUUUCCAGAGUAGAAAAGAAAUCGCUGACUUUUUGACAAGAUCCCACCAAAAUAAGAUGUUCAUAGAGAAGGGACUUUCGGCCAGAAUUCUCGAAGUCACAAAGCAAGUUCUAGUUGAUGGUAUUCAAAACUAUAGUGAAGAAGACCUUCAGCUCUAUUUUGAAAUUGAAAGUGGGGAUGUGGAAAGUGUCAUAUUUAAUAAAACUGAACAGUCUGCCCUCAUCACAUUUAAAGACCAUCAAGCUGUUAAAAAUAUAUUGAAGAAGCAUUCCAUCAAGGGGGAAGACAUCAGAGUUUAUCCUUUUUAUAAAUCUUUAGGAAGGGCCCUCUGUGGCAAAGACAAGCCUUCACUAAAACUUUCUGCUGCCAUCUCUGAGCCCAUCAGCUCCUUUGCACAACCUGUGCCAAAUUUCAAAUGUCUGAAAUUUCACCGACAUUCAGAGGCAUGGGAAGAGUCUGAGAAAAAGAUCAGACAGACAUUAAUGAAUGAAAAUGUGAUCGUGGUACCUGAUAAGGACAGUGGUAUUUUAUCAGGGACUGUUGUUAGUGAAACUGACAGACUGAAGAAAGAAGAGAUUAAUGCAGCAAGCAAAGUUAAAUUUGAUGCAGUACUUGCAUUAAAACGACAGAAUCUGGAAAUAGAUAAAAAUGUGCUUGAACUGUUGAAGGAUGAGCAACAAGAGGAGCUUACAGAUGCUCUCCUCACAUCUCAUCAAAUAAACGCAGCAUUUGAAAUCAGUGGAAACAGGGUGCAGCUCCUUGCUGUUUCUGACAGAGAUCUGUCUCAUGCUCAGGACCAUCUAGGACAGCUGUUAACAUCUCAGUACAUUAAUGUUGAAGACAGUAACGUCCUGAAGAAGCCAGAGUGGCAGCAGCUGGUCAGUCUCUUAGAGCAGACUAACAGUAAGCCAUGCAGAACUCGAAUCAACACAACUGCUCAACAAGUCGUGGUGUCAGGCUACAAGGAUAGUGUCAUAAAAGUUCAGCAUCAGCUUGGUGACUUCUUAACACAGAACGCUCACAUCGAAGAAACUGUUGUGGUCAAAGCUAAUGCUGUCGUUAAAUACUUGAAACAUUUCAACACAUCUUGGAUGGAGACAGUGAAAGACAAGGUGAGAGUGUCUUACAGAAAUGAGGCCAUCUGUCUGAGUGGAUCCAGAGUGAAUGUGACACAUUGCAAGACUGUGGUUGAAGGUGCUGUCUCUGCUGUAGUCUUUGACAGUCUGAAUGUUUACAAGUCUGGAGCGAAGAAACUCUUCCAGGAAAAUGGAGCUAUGUAUGUUUCCUCAAUCAAAAAUAUAACUGGUUGUCUGGUCCAACUGGUUGAUAAGAAUGGUGACUUUAGACUAGUACCAAAACCUUUAUAUGAAGUUAAGACACCUAAAGGAGUAGAAAUUGCUGUUUUCAAGGCAGAUAUGUGCAGCUACCCAGUGCAGGCAGUUGUCAAUCCAUCCAAUCAAGACUUGAAACACAGCACUGGUCUUGCAGCAGCACUUUUGCGGGCUGCCGGUCCUCAGUUACAAGAUGAAUGUGACAAAAUAAAAUCAAUAAUUGGGCAACUCAAGCCAGGAGACUGUGUCAUAACUGAUGCAAGAGGGCAGCUUUGUUGUCAAAAAGUCAUCCAUGCUGUGGCACCCAAGAAUGAAAAAGACAAACUUGAGCAAGCUUCAGCUCAGUUGAGCAAAGCUGUUAAAGGAAGCUUAGAACUCGCUGAAAUCCAUGGAUGUGUCUCAGUAGCUCUUCCAUCUAUUGGCAGAGGAAUGUGCUGCCUUCCCCUCAAGCAGUGUGAACUCACCAUUGUUAAAGCUGUGAAGGAGUAUUGUGAUGAGAAGUUUGAUGACAUUACCUUGCAGAAGAUCCACUUCGUGAACAAUGAUGACAUUGCUGUUCAGGAUAUGGUGGCUGCUGUCAGGCAGGAGUUUGGAAACCACGGUGUCACUCAUUCUCAACAAGUUCCUCCUCCCAAAGCUCACAAGCCACCAGUUUUUCAGCCUACUGGAUCUGACCUGUACUUGUAUCAUGUGGAGACCAAUGAAGGCCUGGACAUUGUUCUUAAAAAGGGAAAAAUAGAGUUAUCCAUGACAGCGGUGAUUGUGAAUACUGUGCCUCCAGACCUUAAUCUGGACAGCGGAACAGUUUCAAAAGCAAUCUUGCGUGCAGCUGGACCCAAACUUCAGCAGUUAAUAAAUGCACAGGGUGCUACUGGAAAUCUUGGUGAGAUCAUUGUUACUGAGGGCUGCCAACUAUAUAGCAAAAAAGUCUUUCAUGCAAUUGCACCUCACUGGGAUAAGGAUCAUGGCACAGGAGAAAAGAUUUUGAGAGGAAUAUUUAAGGAUUGUUUGGACAUGGCAGAGGAUAAUAAUCUAACCUCCAUAUCCUUGCCAGCCAUUGGUACUGGAAACCUGGGUUUUCCUAUACCUCUCGUAGCCUCUUUGAUGUUGGAUAGCAUCUUAGAGUUCAGCAAAAAGAAACACCCCAAACACCUGAAUAAGGUUGUGAUGGUAAUUUACCCAGGAGAUACACAAAAUAUCAAGGCUUUCAGUGAAGAGCUUAAGAAGUUUGCUAAUGCCUCAGGUGGUUCAAGUUCUGCACAAAGUCAAGGAGGCCAUUUCUCUAAGAUCAUCUCAACCUCAGACAUGCAUGAGACCAAAAUGGGAAAUGUGACUAUACAGGUAGUCACAGGAGACAUAACCAAAGAGACCACUGAUAUUAUUGUCAGCUCCUCCAAUGAAAGCUUUACUCUAAAGUCAGGAGUUUCUAAAGCUAUUUUAGAGGCAGCUGGUAAGGUUGUUGAACUGGAAUGCCACAGUCUGGGUGCAAAGUCCAACCCUGGCAUGAUAAUGACACAGCCAGGUAACCUUAAGUGUAAGAAGAUUCUCCACCUGGUUGGACAGACAGACCCAGUAAAAAUCAAGAAGCUUGUGAAAGAUGCACUCCAGAUGUGUGUGAAAACUUCCUAUACCUCUGUAUCAUUUCCUGCUAUCGGCACAGGUCAAGGCAAUGUACAGGCAAGACUGGUAGCAGAUGCAAUGUUGGAUGCAAUGACUGAUGUGAUGAGCCAAAACAUUUCCAACUCCCUCACCACAAUACGCAUAGUUAUUUUCCAGAAAUCUAUGCUAAAAGACUUCCACAGCAGUAUGCAACACAGGGAAGCUGCUGAUCCUGAUUCUAAGGAUUUAGGAGGGUGGAACUGGGGAUGGACCAAAAUCAAAUCACUCUUCACUGGUGGAAGUACUGAAAACCCCAAAACAGAGAAAGAUGUUGCUGAGAGUCUGAAAGUGGAGGCUAAUUGCUUCCACAUUUGUGGUGGCACACAAGCUAACGUCGACUUGGCCAAGAAACUUUUACAUGACAAGAUAUUCCAAGCACGUCAGACCAUCAAAAUUGAAGAUAACGGUGUCCUUAGAUUUUCUGAUGAAGAUCACCAGAAAAUUACUGACAUGCAGAAGACCAUGGGCAUAAGCAUAAAGAUAGAAGGCAGUAAACCCAAAGCCACACUCAUUAUUGAAGGACUGAGCAAUGAUGUACUUAAAGCUAACUCAGAGCUCAGUAAAAUGCUAAGCAAAUAUAGAGAUGAAAACAUUCCUGAACACUGGCAGCACAUGUCAGCCAAAACCACAUGGCAGCCUUUUGCAGUGCAGGCCAAGACAUCAGAAUAUGAUGAAAUCCUGAAGCUGUUCCAGGCCUCAUGCAAUCGAACUGUUACAAAGAUUGAGCGGAUCCAGAACCCUGGAUUGUGGAAAAGUCUACAGCUCAAGAAGCGUGACAUGGAGGUGAGAAAUGGUCAUCAGAAUAAUGAGAGACGCCUUUUCCAUGGUACCUGCGACACAACUGUUCCAAUUAUUAAUGACCGUGGCUUCAACAGGAGCUAUGCAGGGAAGAAUGCUGCAUUUUAUGGCAAUGGCACAUACUUUGCUGUCAAUGCUAGUUAUUCUGCCAAUGACACCUACUCCAAGCCAAAUCAGAACGGGGAAAAGUUCAUGUACGUCUGCCGAGUUCUGACUGGUGACUUCACUCUUGGACAGAAAGGCAUGGUUACACCACCAGAAAAAAACCCUGGAUCCACUGACCUGUACGACAGUGUUGUGGACAACCUUGCCAAUCCCACCAUGUUUGUUGUCUUCCAUGACACCCAGGCUUAUCCUGAGUAUUUAAUUACAUUCAAGUGA